AUGUCCAUCUCCAAUAUCAGCCUCUUGGCUGCGGCCACCGAUGCCGGCUACUUUGCCUCUCUGCUGCCGGCCAACUCGUCCACACCAGCCAUCUCACUGCGCGCGUACCACGACGACUUUUACAACCUCAUUGGACACGAGGCCAGGGCUCGAAAAGUGUGGGAUCUGCCCUGGGAAGCCUUCCACGAGGCCGGCGUCUACAACCGCCGAGACAACUCGCUGUACAUUGCCUCCAACUACCAGAGCCUCGAGGACAACAUCAACAUCACCGUCGUCAGCCUCGACUCGGACGACUACCCAUUCUACAGCACCCAGUUCCCCAAUCUGGCCAUGGCCAACGGCGGCACCACCUACUAUCCCCCCGGGUCGCGUCACGACGAGACGACGACGCCCCCGAUGCACGUCUACUGCGACGAGGGCGACUUUGAGCACGACUCCAAGCUGGUGGCCGUCGACCCAAACACCAACAGGUCCAAGCCGCUGCUGACCAGCUUCCUCGGGCGCGGCUUCUCGUCGCUCAACGACGUGCGGCAGCACCCGCAGACGGGCGACCUGUGGUUCACCGACGCCGACUACGGCUACUUUCAGCACUUUCGCCCCGAGCCCAGCCAGCCCAAGCAGGUGUACCGCUUCGAGCCCGACACGGGCAUCGUGCAGGUCGUGGCGGACGGCUUCGUGCAGCCCAACGGCCUCGAGUUCUCGCCGGACCUGCGGACGCUGUACAUUUCCGACACGGGCAGCCAGCAGUUUGGGCGCGAGCCCACGCAGCCGUCCACCAUCUACGCCUACGACGUGGUCGACAAGAGACGCCUCGCCAACCGCCGGACCUUUGCGUGGGCCGACACGGGCUUCCCGGACGGCGUGCACUGCGACACGCGCGGCAACGUGUGGGCGGCGUGCGGCGACGGGCUGCACAUCUGGAACCCGCGCGGAGUCUUGCUGGGCAAGAUCCACGUCGGCGAGAUGAGCAACAACUUUGCCUUUGCCCCGGGCAAGGUGUUUGUCUUUUCCAACUCGCGGCUGUGGGUUGUGGAGAAUAUAAGGGCGCAGGGGAGGGAGGUGUGCCGGGACUUUGGGGUGGGAUGCCAUUAG